AUGGCGAAAUUUAGCACACCGUCCGGUGCCAUCUUCAGAUAUGUCGCUGCCACCGAUGCGAUCUUGGGCUCCAACGUAGCCUUUGGUGCCAUCUUCACCUCCGCCACAACCUCCACGAUUGUUGGCUCCGCUAGCAGCUCAAGUUGGAUCUUCGGUUGCCCCACCGGCUCUGGCACGAUCUUCGGCUCCGCCAGUUAG